AUUAUAUAUAAUAUAUUCAUAUGUAUAUAUAUAGACACAUGCAUUAGACCACCAAGAAUACAAAAACCUACCGAUCAUGAAUAUCAGACUUUGCAUAACCAUCAUACUUUUAUCAUACACCGCGGCCACGGUGGCGGGACAACAAUGCGGCCGUCAAGCUGGUGGUCGUACUUGUCCCGGUAACAUCUGCUGCAGCCAGUACGGGUAUUGCGGCACCACGCCAGAGUAUUGUUCUCCGGCCAAUAACUGCCAGAGCAAUUGUGGGGGUAGCGGACCUAGCGGUGCAGGUGAGAGCGCCAAGAACGUACGCGCCAGUUACCAUAUUUACAAUCCGGCGCAGAACAAUUGGGAUCUGAGAGCCGUGAGUGCUUACUGCUCCACGUGGGAUGCUGAUAAGCCGUACGCGUGGCGGAGCAAGUAUGGCUGGACUGCCUUCUGCGGACCGGCUGGACCUCGUGGUCAAGCUUCUUGCGGCAAAUGCUUAAGGGUGAGAAACACAAGAACAAAUGCUGCAGUAACGGUGAGAAUAGUGGACCAAUGUAGCAAUGGAGGAUUGGAUUUGGAUGUCGCAAUGUUUAAUCAAAUAGACACCGAUCGUAAUGGCUAUCAGCAAGGCCAUCUCAUUGUUGACUACCAGUUUGUUAAUUGUGGGGAUUAAUGAACUCAUUGGGCAGCCUGAUUCUAAAAGCGAUCUGUGUGUUUCGGCCACUGAUCGCGUUCGAUAUUAUGUAAUGAUUUCGAGGUGUUAUAUCGGUCUACACAUACAAUAAAGACUUCUGUGUCUAGGAUAUAUGUUUCGCAUAAAUAAUUAAGGAACUUCCCGAUAUUAUUAUAUGAAAGAUCGAUACUUCUUCGGCA